AUGAAGCCGCCCCUGCAAGAGGCGGAGGCGAAACAAGAUGGAGUGCUCGUCGCGGAGGCCGUGACGAGCUCGUGGACGAAAAAGUCCCUGAUUGCGGUGUAUAUCUGCAUGUGGUUGAUGUACUUCGUGCAAGCCCUGCAGUCCAGUCUGACGGCCAACUUGUCCGCUUAUAUCACGAGUGACUUUGAGGGUCAUUCGUUGCUCACGGUCAUCGGUAUCGUGACGAAUAUUAUGAGCGCGGCGUGUACGAUGCCGGUGGCGAAGAUUCUGAACCUCUGGAAUCGAACAGUCGGUAUUGUCAUUAUGUUGCUGAUUUCGAUAAUCGGGUUGAUUCUCAUGGCGGGUUGUCAUGAUAUUGCGACGUAUUGUGCUGCGCAGGCCUUCUACUACGUCGGCUUCACCGGCCUCAUCUUCUGCGUCGACGUCCUCACCUCCGACACCUCAUCGAUGCGCAACCGAGGCCUCGCCUUCGCCUUCACCUCCUCCCCCUACGUGAUCACCGCCUUCGCCGGCUCCCCUCUCUCCGAGCGCUUCAACGCCGUCAACUGGCGCUGGGCCUACGGCUGCAUCUGCAUCCUCCUCCCCGUGGUGACCGCUCCCCUCAUCAUCACCUGGGAGAUGGCCAAGCGCAAAGCCGAGAAGAACCUGGUCCUCGAGAAGGCGCGCAGCGGACGCACCCUCGCCCAGAGCGCCUGGUACUACUUCAUCGAGUUCGACGUGGUGGGCAUCUUCCUGCUCAUCGCGGGCUUCUCGCUCUUCCUACUCGCCUUCGUGCUGGCCGAGUCCCAAGCCAACAAGUGGCAGUCGGCCUCGAUCAUCAGCAUGAUCGUCGUCGGCGGCGUGGUCAUCCUCUCCUUCGUCGCCUGGGAACGCUUCGGCGCCCCCCGCCCCUUCAUCCCCUACCACCUGCUCAGCAACCGCACCGUCAUCGGCGCCUGCCUCCUCGACCUCACCUACCAGAUCGCCUACUACUGCUGGAACUCCUACUUCACAUCCUACCUGCAAGUCGUCUACAACGCCUCCAUGACCCAAGCCGGCUACAUCGCCGCCAUCUUCGACUUCAUCUCCCCGCUGUGGCUCUUCGGCGCCGGGUGGCUCGUCCGCGUCACGGGCCGCUUCAAAUGGCUGCUCCUCGCCUCCAUCCCGCUCUACAUGCUCGCCGUCGGGCUGAUGAUCUACUUCCGCAGCCCCGGCCACAGCAUCGGGUACAUGUGCAUGUGCGAGAUCUUCAUCGGGUUCGGCGGGGGCACGAUCAUCCUGCUGGAGCAGAUCGCGGUGAUGGCGGCGUCGUCGCACAACGACUACGCGUCGAUGCUGGCGUUCCUGGCAUUGUUCGGCAACAUCGGCGGCGCGAUCGGGAACAGCAUCUCCGGCGCGAUCUGGACGAAUACGCUGCCGACGGCGUUGCAGAAUUCGCUCCCCGAGGAGACCAAGCACCGCUGGCAGGAGAUCGCGAACUCGUUGGACGUCCAGUUGGAGUUUGAGUGGGGGUCUGCGACUCGAGAGGCGAUUAAUCAUGCGUAUGCGGUCAGUCAGCGGAAUAUGUUGAUUGCGGGGACGGCGGUCAUGGCGUUGACGAUGGUGUGGGUGUUUAUGAUUAAGGAUAUUCGGGUGAAGGGGUUGAAUCAUGUCCAGGGGGUUGUUUUUUAG